AUGAAGAUUAACGAAACCAUGGAAGAUUAUUCGUUGAGUAUUAUAGAAGGGAACGAAUACCUCAACAUAUCUUGGAAUGAUUCAAUAUGUGAUGAAUUCAUCAGCAAAGACUUUAUCCUCUCGUCAAGAUGGUUUCAAGCAACCAUCUACUUUCUUUACUUUACGGUUUUCAUAGUUGCUCUAAUAGGAAAUGGAUUGGUCUGUUACGUCGUUUGCAGUAGUCCAAGGAUGCAUACAGUUACCAAUUACUUCAUUGUUAAUCUGGCGAUCAGUGACAUCUUGAUAUCACUUUUCUGUGUCCCAACAACCUUUGUCAGUAUUUUAAUUCUUCAAUAUUGGUCCUUUGGUUGGACGCUCUGUCCAAUCGUUAAUUAUUCACAGGCUGUUUCCGUGCUGGUAAGCGCAUACACUUUAAUCGCUAUCAGCAUAGAUCGUUACAUUGCUAUAAUGUGGCCAUUUAAACCACGCAUGAGUAAAAAGCAAGCAACGUUCUUGAUACUGGGUGUCUGGUUACUGGCAUUGACGGUUUCUUUUCCGAUUGCCGUGGUAUCGGAACUUGUACAACCUGUUAAUGAAACAGAUCGUUAUGUCAAAUGCAAUAGAUUCAUCUGCCAAGAAAACUGGACGUCGGAAAGGGACAGAUACUAUUAUACAAUCUCCCUGUUGGUAGUGCAGUAUUUGGUGCCACUUAUGGUACUUUUAUUCACUUACACUAGCAUCGCCAUAAUCGUAUGGGGUAAGAGACCACCAGGGGAGGCCGAGAAUACGAGGGAUCAAAGAAUGGCACGAUCGAAAAGAAAGACGCAUAUCCGUGAUGAUGUAUGA